AACAAGAAAAUGUAUCUGGCUUAAAUUCUUUAAGUGAUAUUGAACCUGGAUCAAAAGAAAACUCUGAUAAUGAAUUCUUUAUCAAUCAAUCGAAAAAACGUAGCAAUCUAUCAUCUAAAAAGACGUUAAGUGAUGAAAAUGAUGAAUACAAUAAUAAUCAUGCAACUAAUAGCACGCCAUCUGGAGAUAGUAACGAAUAUGAUAAAGGUUAUGUAGAUAAUAUCGAAUACGAUAAUGAUUAUGUAGAUAAUCACGAAUAUGAUAACGAUCAUAUAACCCAAGUAACUGGUGAUAUGCCAUCUGAAAAUAAUUCUGGCACAAGUAAAUCAUCCAAAUCCAACCUUAAAGAUCUUCAACUCAUACCCAUUAAUAAGCAAAAUUCUAAACAACAAAACAUUGAUCAAGUGUUUCAGAAAAUUGUAGCAAAUGAUCCUAAGCGAAAAACGGUUCGAGAUCAAAAGUUUAUUAGUAUGUUAAUUAAGGAUCAAUUGCCUAUUAAUAUAUGGGAAGGAACUGGUUUUAUUGAGUUUUUAGCAGAGUUUGAUCCUAAUUAUCGAUUGCCUUGUGAAAGACAUUGCUGA